AUGAUAAUAAUGCACUUACCUGGACUGUUGGAAGAAUAUUCCAUAUUUUUGCCCAUUUUUGGGGAUAUUUGCUUAUGCUGUCCUUUAAAUGUGAAUACAUACGCCGUGACACUGAGUCCAGAAAUUGCACUCAUCCGGUUUCCUCUCGCCCCUGCAGAGCGAGCCAUUGCCAGACACGAGGUGCGAGAGAUCGAGCAGCGGCACACGCAGGACGGCCUGCGGGAGCGGGACUCGGCGGCCGCACAGUCGGACAGAGAGGACGACGUGGUCAUCAUCUACAACCGCGUGCCCAAAACAGCCAGCACUUCCUUCACCAACAUUGCCUACGACUUGUGCGGGAAGAACCACUACCACGUCCUGCACAUAAACACCACCAAGAACAACCCGGUCAUGUCCAUACAGGACCAGGUACGGUUUGUAAAGAAUGUGACCGAAUGGAGGGAAAUGAAGCCGGCUUUCUACCACGGACACGUCUCCUUCCUGGAUUUCACCAAGUUUGGGGUGAAAAAGAAGCCCAUCUACAUAAAUGUGAUUAGGGACCCUAUUGAAAGGCUGGUGUCGUACUAUUACUUCCUGCGUUUUGGCGACGACUACAGGCCCGGCUUGAGGCGCAGGAAACAGGGAGACAAAAAGACAUUUGAUGAAUGUGUAUCGGCUGGUGGCUCAGACUGUGCUCCUGAGAAGCUCUGGCUUCAGAUUCCCUUUUUCUGCGGUCACUACUCUGAAUGUUGGAAUGUGGGCAGCCAGUGGGCACUGGAGCAGGCCAAAUACAACCUAGUGAAUGAGUACCUGCUGGUCGGAGUGACGGAGGAGCUGGAAGACUUUGUAAUGAUGUUGGAGGCAGCAUUGCCUCGCUUCUUCAAAGGAGCCACUGAGCUGUACAAAACAGGCAAGAAAUCCCACCUGAGGAAGACCACCGAGAAGAAGCCGCCCACGAAAGAGUCCAUUGCCAAGCUGCAGCAGUCGGCCAUCUGGAAGAUGGAGAACGACUUCUACGAGUUUGCACUAGAGCAGUUCCAGUUCGUCCGGGCACACGCCGUCAGAGAAAAGGACGGGGAGCUCUACCUGCUGCCUCAGAAUUUCUUCUACGAAAAAAUCUACCCGAAAAACUAACACGGUACACGCUUGGCGAAAGACAGGGCGCUUUUUUGUUUUUGUUUUUUACCGGCGGAGCAGAGUAGCGCGGAGGAGGGUGGCGGGCAGAAAGUGAGGUGAAAUGGGAGUGUUGUUGGACUACUGCUGAUGGCGACACACACGCGAGACGGUGAACUUAAUGCGGAGCUGGAAACAAUCAGGCCCCUGGACACAAACGGCCAGCAGCUGCUGUUCACGAUCCAGCCAGCCGACCGGACGUGGAGCCGGACUUCCAUCAGCAGGUUGCGCUCGCUUUCUUCGCCACUCCGUUUCAUUUCAACGCCAAAGGUGGUCCACGCCAAGAGGCCUGAGCAGGCACGCGCCCCGAAGACGACACAGGCCGACGGCAGAUCAGGCGUCCCGUUUGGCUUUGGCCAGAAAGAAAAAGAAAGAAAAUAAGCAUUUUCAUCGGCUCUGUACUGUUCGGUUGUGUCAAGGUCUCUACAAUGAUUGUCAAUUGUAUCUUCAAACUGUGAGAUUUUUUCUUUUCUUUUGUUCUGAUGAAAUUACAUCCCCAUGCCUCACCACCAACACUAACUUAAAAGAACUUUAAGAAGUUGGCUACUUUGCUGUAUCGUUUGGACUUGAAACGGAACGUUCAUGGCUUUUCUGAAAUAAAAAUCCUGUGAAAAGAGUGCUCACUUGCGAAAGCGUGUCAGUUUUUUUUUUUUUUACUGUAUUUGAUGUGUGACUUGUAAAUGUGGGCUGAAAAGGAGGUUUUUACAUAUAAAAAAGGCAUUGAAUUGCGUGAGAAGAACACAAAGAACAUGCUGCUUCUGUAAAUAUUUGCCACUUUUCCAGUCCACUUUAUUGGUCAGUAUCUUUUUAGGACCUGUUUUGAGUUUUAAAGGUUUAAAGUUUCUUUGAUCUAAUUUUUCACUCUGAAUCAUAUAUAUAUUUAUAUAUAUAUAUGUGUAUGUAUGUGUGUGUGUGUAUGUAUAUGUGUGUGUGUAUAAAUAUAUACACAUCCUUUUUUUUUUCUUUAUUUCUGGUCAAGUCACUUCAUUUUAAAAACACUGAAUCAUAGUUAAUACUUUUGACACUUUUUUGCGGACAUUGUUAUUAGAAAUCAUUUCUGCGUUUAUAUAAGGCUGCAGCAGGAUAUGUUUAUUUCUCCUGAACAAAAAGACUGAAAAUUAAACACUGCCUCUUUCUGUAACAUUGAAUCCUGAAUUGUAACAAUUUUUUCACCCCUUGUUUGCAAUGCUAUUCGCAAUUUUUUGAGAAAAAAUAAAGUUUGUUCUUAUUUGUCCUAAUAACCUGCUGCAGCAUUAUAUUUGACAUCCUAUUGACUGAGAAGGAUCUGUCUGCUCUUGUUUUGCUCAUGGUUGGAUUUUUAAUCUGUUGAAAGGCUUGCAAUUUGCCCCGUAAAGUUUUUGUAUAACUAGCAAGCAAACGGACAAGUAUUUGUCCUCUCAAUUUAUCCCAUGUCAUAUCCAGCAUAGAAAUGUUAUGGUUGUAAAGGCAAAAAGAAAAAAAUACUUUUCUCAUGACUGCAUACUGUACUACUGAAUUCUGUGUGCCUUCUCAUUAUUUUUUUUUAGGUGUGUGUUGCAGCUUUUUCCCCCCCAAUAGAACACGAAGACAAAAUUGCUGCCGUGUUUGCUGUCAUCUUUUAAUUGACAAACAAUAUACACAAGGUUAUAAAAAAAAAAGCUUGUGGUUGUUUAUUUAUCCAUUUUUUUUGCACAGUUUUUGUUUGUCAGAUGAAUUAGAGAAGGGAGAUUAAGCAUCUACUGUGGAAUCAAAGUUGCUGUUCGGGGCGUGUGUCCUGCAGAGGGAGUUAGAGAGCUGCCAACUUCUCUUGUGUCAAACUGUAAGCGUUUGUCCUUUGCUCAUAUCUUUCCUUUGGUCUGAUAUAUUGUUUGAGGCUGUUUGAGGCUCCACUUGGCUCUUUAUAUUCCAGCAGCUCAUUCUAAAACAUGCUUGGUUUCCAUGCAUUUUGGGCACAGUUUACAUGCAACUUCCCUCCCAUAGCUCAACUUCUUAAAUGGUGAGGAAGGAACUAAAAUAGGAGCAUGGUUAUGUGAGAGGAGUCACCAGAGGCCAGGGAAAGUUUACAUGAGCCAGUGUUGCCAGUCGGAGUUACUCUCCGAUAAUCCCUGGACAGGCAUGAUCAGCUAUUGGGCUCAUCCUCCAUAAUCUGGGAUCACUCUCCUGUUACAGCUUCCUGGUUUUGGCCCUCUGACCCAGAUAAACAGACUGUGCCCCCAUACUUUAGAGAUUCAAUUACAAUCUUCCUUUUACCAUCAGAACGAGGACUUUUCUUUACUACAGCAACAGUGCUUGAGACUUAAGUUUUUAAAAGAGUAGUAACCAGACAUGUGGUUGCGAUUAAGUUGAAGUGAUUGUCACCUUUCCCAGUUUAUAAAAAGCAGUAAAUGAAAAUUUAGCUUUUGGAUUCCUGUGGUUUGUGAGAAGUUGUCUGUACAGUAUUUAAACUCUGAAAUGUGCUUUUUAAGAAUGUGCAGUGGUUGACCCUGGAUGCCUGUUUUCACAUUCUUGGACAUGACACAGGGUCCACAGACCCGGGAAGGGGGGUUAUGGGGUAAAACCCAUAUAAAUGACUAUUAUUUAUGUAUGACAAAGUUUGCUAAGGUCAUUAAUCUUAACUAAGGAGUUAUUAAUCUUUUGCUUUGAGAAAUAUACAGCUUGGCACUAUGUGAAUGACUGCUUGUUCAACAAUAUCAUCACCCUUGAAAUAUAUAUAUACAGUUGAGGUGAUAGGGCUCAUCUUUAUCAUUUUAUUUGCUUCCUUUAUGGAUAAAAAGGUUAGAUGCAUUGAAAAUAUCAGAUUUUUUUGCAGUGUUUGCACAAACUCAUUAAGUAUGUUGAUUUUUUCCCUUCUGUGAGCAUCGUGUGUAAAACAUUCUCCACUCGAUUUCUAUUAUUCCAGUUGAAAUUCAAUUUCUAACACUUUCUGUGCUCAUGUGCAUUAUAAAACAACAACAAAAACAUGUUCUUUUGUGCAUGAAGAAUAA